AUGUCCAUGGGGCUCGUGCUCACCCCGCAAGCUCACCUCUCCCCACUGGAGGCGCUUCUCACGAUCUAUACACCAAUUUUGGAAUGCCUUGUGAAUCAUCUACAUACGCCUUCAAAGAUCGCUUUAUCCCAGACUUCUAAGCAUGUUCGGCAACUCUUGUACAGCUAUCCGCUGUUCUUCUCACAUCUCGAUUUUCGCCUCCCAGUUGUGGAGAACCUAUCUUUCGACUCAUAUCGCUUAGGGACAGUCUACAACUUGGAUCGGCUCCUUGCAACCUUGCCAAUCGAGAAUAGAAUAACCUCCUUGACUCUCGACUGGACUGCUGUCACGGGAUAUUUUCUUUUCGGGAAGGUCAUGGACAGAUGCCAAAAUACAUUAGAGCACCUUUCCGUGAGAGGGUGCAGGAAGGUAUCGAUAAAGCACCACAUAGUACCCUACCUCGUUUACCAGGAUUCUGUCGAGCCACUGUCUGUUUCUACCGCGACUUCUCCCAAGAGAGCCCUUAAAUCGCUUUACGUCUAUAAAGCUCGUGGUGUGCGUCGCAAGCCAUUUCUCAUCGACCGUAAGCCAGCGGACGGAGAUGAACCGAGCAGGUACCUGACGACGUUGGCCGAUAAGCUGGGGAUAUGGGUCGACUUGGGUUUGUGUCCCACCCCCAAACUGAGAUGUCCGAGGCGAAGGGAAAUUUUGAGGCGAGGAAAAGAGAAGUUCUGUGUACCUUUCGAUAAGCGGUGGAGGGUCCUUAUGGAACAGGGAGCGAACAACGCUGCGGCCCCGCAUUUGACCCUACUAUCGCCCCAUGAGCACGCUCAGCGCCGACGGUUUGAAGAAACUCAAGGCACAGGGAUAGCAUGUGACAAUUGCGAUGUAGCCAUAUUGGAUCGCUGCGAGGCUUGUGUACAGCAAAUGACCUGCUCAAAUUGUGCAAAAGCUCUAUGCCAUCACUGCGCGUACGCUCGUCCGGCUAGCCCCUCGCCCUCAUCGGUAGACUCGGAUGAAUCUGUUACCAAUCCCUUAAUCCAAACCGCUCAGAACACACAACCGUUCAUUCCUAUACCGGGAGCGGCAGCAGCUCACAAUUUUCACAACAACAACAAUGCUGCAACGGCGCCAAUCCCAAUACCCGGAGCGGCUGCGGCUAGUUCGGAAACGAAUCCCGUCAUGCAUCUCCUCCAGGCUUGUUGCGAUUCGGCCACGGCAGCCAACCCUGCGGACAUCUUGUGCUCGAGUUGUAUGGGCUCUAUCACUUGGGACAUGUGCGACGGCUGUCAGAGGCAAAUUUGUAAAAAGCAUGAGUUGGACCGUUGCCGGAAGUGUGAAGGCGGUUGCCGGAGAAUAUUUUGUUUCUCAAACGAUUCGACAUCUCCUGUGCCCGGCUGUGGGGAAUCAGUGACUGGGAGGGCUGGAAUGAAGGAUUGUCUUAGUUGUGGUAAAGAUGUGUGUGGUGAUUGUCGGAGCCGUACACUCACGUCGUCUCCAUCAAUGACCAAUGCUGCUUCCUCCGAUGAUGGUACAGAGACAGAAGAGCAGGAAGAAGAAAUACCCCGUAAGACAUUCUGCAAUUGCAAAGCUUGCAAGCAAAAUUUUUACUGCACAUCUUGCUGGCCAAGCAAACCAACACCUUGCGAAAGGAGGCCAAAAGAGAUCCUUAGUCACAAAACAGUCGAGGGCGAUACGGUGAUAUAUUUGGUCACUUUUUACGAUUCUGAGGAGCAACAAAAGAGAUGGAUGACGAAGCAGAGGAUUAUGGAAGACUUCUUGAAUACCGGAGGCCCAGAGUUGAUCACUGCAUUUGAGGAGUCUCUAAUAAUUUCAAAGCCUAUGGACAUCCUGGUUAGCCCGCCGCCACCAAUGACCACACCGGAAUCCUCGGUACAUGGAGAUGAUCCGAAAGUUAGGGACGAGGAAGAGGACAACGAAAAGAUACAAGUGGGGGAAAGCGAAUGGAUUAUGGAGAGGGUUUUGGGGAAAAGGCAGCAUGACCCGGGUCCGCUGGGCCAGGCUGGGCCAGGCUCCAUUGAUUCGUACUAUUAUCUGUGCAAAUGGCUCGGAAGGGGGGAUGAGUGCACAUGGGUGCCCAAGAGUACAUUCCGAGAAAGGUCCAGAGAACGGAUGAUGAUGGAUAGAUUCGACCGGAAUGGUCCGGAUAGAACUGCAGGGGAUGAGGAAGGGGAAUCAUCGAGAGAAGCAGAGCUUAGGGCAGAGGGAGAAAAUGUGGGGGAAGGAUCAUCAAUGGCACUUGGGGGACCUUUAAUCUAG